GCUGCCAUGACUGCUGGACUUAUUAUUUAUCUCCUGGUGGCCGUGUUGUCUUUGGAUUUCGCUGACUCCCUGAAAUGCUAUUAUUGCCAUGAACAAAUAGAAAGCCGAAACUGCUGGGGUGAAAUGGAGUGUCCGCCCGAUGUAAAAAUGUGCAAAACAACUGUGUACAGUCCAAACAUUGGUUAUCCUUUUAACGGGGAAGAAGUAGUGACAAGAUCUUGUGCCAAGUCCUGCGUUGAGACAAGUCAAGAUUUCAUUGGAAAUGAUCGUCCAGUGUUUUGCUGCACAAGUGACUUCUGCAACAAUAGAGGAUUGUUUUGGACUUCGGACCACAACGCAAACUCAACAGGCAUCGCCCCCCAGAGCUAUGAUGUAAUGACUAUAUCAGUGGGUUUAAUGUGGGUCCUGUACUGGACUUAGUAUUAUUAGAUACUGUAAAAAAAUCCAAUAUUUUCAUAAAAGCAUCAUCUGAAUAUGACUGAAGUCCAUGAGGUUUUGGAAACUUUUGGAGAAAAAUAUUGCAUUGUCCCGAGCUCUUCAGCUCUCUAUAUUGCGGUAGCAAACCUGGCCUCUUCACUAAACUUUAUUAUGCUAGAAUUUAGUCAGAUUACAUUAGAGGCAAAUUUCUAUGUGAUCCGAAUACUGUUCCCCUGAAACAUUCAUCCUGGGCCUUUUUCUCACUGCUAUUUCGCUCACUGUAUUUCAUAGACGAAGCAGCAUUGUGAGUAAAGAGGAAUGGAGGCUAGCGUAGCUUUCGGACGUUAAGACGUUAGACUCCAUCACUGAAAUCUGACUCUGCCCAAUCUACGUUAACUCUACCUCCUGCCCCAAUCACCUAGAGAUUGAUGUCUGAUGAGAAAGGGCAAGAUGUGGUGGUGGAGGAAAGCUCCGUAUAAAAUAAAGGCAGCCAGUGAUAUAAUGGGUAAUUACAUGCACAAAUCAAAUGGGAAUAGGAUUUUAGAAAUGUAGUUAGCCUUCAUUGGUGGCGUGGUUCAGGGUUACAGUGCCCCAUGACAUUUAUUCUUUGCCCAAAAUAGUUAGAUUACGGGGUCUCCCUCUUUAGUAAAAUGGAACAGGAUUACCCCUUUACUCACCAGCACCACAACAGACUCUUCUCUGCAGGCUGACCCAUCUCUGCUAAUGUCAUCAGGUUUCUUAUUGGAUUUUGUCCAAUGAAAUGCUUCUCAUAAAGCAUUGUGGACUUAAAGCACAUGCACAGCAAUCGCUGCGAUGCCCCAAUUUAGAUGUUCUCCUCUGUUGCACUGAGAAUGGAUGUAACAUGAAUUCUGUACAUGCUAGGGUCUGUAAGAACGUGGAAAACAGAAAUGGGUUAAGAAUGUUAGAAUGUUAAACCUUGGUGGUACACCUUCCCUGAUGGAGCAAGGACGGAGAAUAUAAAUGCAGAUCUUUUCCAAAACUCUCUGUAUCACAUUGCUACAUCACUGAGUUAUACAUCCAGUCAUUUCUGCACAAUAUUAUACUAUAUAGAUAACUGUAAUCUUCUCUGUUUUUACUGUGGCUGUAUACUUAUUUUUGUAUCUUGUUAAUACAUACAUACAAAGUAA